AUGAGAAUUGCUGAGAUAUCCUCGCCGGAGAUCCGAACAGUCCAUGGAGAAGGAGAUGAUCAGCACAUUCUCUCCCGAUUCGAGUCAAUCGUCAAUCAAAUUGAAACCAACUCCGCUAACGAACUUCCACCGGACACAGCCGCCGUUAAUCUCCGGCAAUGCUUAACGCAGCUGAGUCAACUCGCUCCGUUUUCCAACUCACUGAAGCUUCAGAUUUGGAAACUCAGCUACCGACUCUGGAACGUUUGUGUCGACAUCUCCAACACCGCCACUAUCCGUUCAUCAUCAUCCACCGGCGAAAAACAGGCGGAGCUCCGACAUUUGACAGCCGACCUCCUCUCAAUCGCCAGCGAUGUUACCGGUAUUCCAUCUCCGGCGGUCAAGUCGGCUUCGUUCUACUACAAGACCGGCUUGUUGUGGCACAACCUCCGGAAGUAUGAUCUUGCUGCCAAAUGCUUCGAGCGAGCCACCGAUCUGGUCUCGAAACUCAACAUCGCUUCGAUUACUGACGCCGGAGAACGAAAACUGUUGCUGGAUUUGAACCUUGCCAGGUCCCGAACUGCUUGGGAGGUUCGUGACCCGAACCUCGCGGUCGCGCUGUUGAAUAGAAGCAAGAGCAUGCUAUCUGGUUCGUGCGAGGACUACAUGGAGCUUGCGAAGCAAUUCAUGGCGUUUGGCAAAUGCUCGUUAUCGAAAAACAGCGAAGACGCGGAGAGUCGUGAUUUGAGCGAGGCGCUGAAACUGAUGAACGAGGCGUUGGAGAGUUGCGAGAAGGGAUACGGUGCAUCGAGAACACGGGAAGAGAAGGUGGAAAUCAGAGGGUUAAGGUGGAAGGUUUUGAGGUUCAUUGCCGCGAUCCAUUUGCAAAAGGAUGAAUUCGAGAGUGUGAUUAAGUGUGUGAAGGUUUUGAGAGAUUCUGCUGAAGGUGGUGAUGAUCAUCCAAGCCUUUCGGUUUUGGCGAUGAAGGCCUGGUUAGGGUUAGGGAGGCACAACGAAGCGGAGAAGGAAUUGAGGGGAAUGGUGAUUGACAGAGGGAUUCCAGAAGGUGUUUGGGUGUCUUCUGUGGAGGCUUAUUUUAGUUCUGCUGGGACAGCAGGAGCGGAGACGGCGAAAGGGGUGUUUUUAGGGCUAUUAGGGAGGUGUCAUGUCAGUGCUGGUGCUGCGGUAAGGGUAGCGAGUAGGGUGCUUGGAGGCGGCGGCGAAGGGAGUAAAGUUAGGGCUAAAGUUGUUGCUGAGCUUGUGUCUGAUGAAAGGGUGGUGGCGCUUUUUGCAGAAAAGGAAGUUGCUAAGGAUAGAACGGCAAUGCAUGCUGUUCUGUGGAAUUGUGGUGCUGACAAUUUUCAGUCAAAAGAUUAUCAGACCAGUGCAGAACUUUUUGAAAAAUCAAUGCUAUAUAUUCCACAUGACACAGAAAACAGAAUACUUAGAGCCAAGGGCUUUAGAGUUUUGUGUCUCUGCCACCUUGGUCUCUUGCAGCUGGAUCGCGCCAAAGAAUAUAUCGACGAGGCUGAGAAGCUUGAGCCCAAUGUUGUCUGUGCUUUUCUUAAGUACAAAAUUUAUCUCCAAAAAAAAGACAGCCAAGGUGCUAUUACUCAAAUUGAAGCAAUGACCGCGUGCCUUGACUUUCAACCAGAUUUUCUCUCACUUUCAGCCCAUGAAGCUGUUGCUUGCAGUGCUCGAUCUGUUGCUGCUGCCUCUCUAUCAACAAUGCUAAACUUCUAUGCUUCAGGAAAGUCCAUGCCAACAACAGAAGUAACAGUUAUGCGCACCUUGGUCGCUGUUCUAUCUCAAGAACCGGAUAAUGAAGAGAAAGUUCUUAAAACCUUAAAACAUGCCCAUACACGAGCCUCCGAACUUGGUUCUGAUUGCUUCUUUGGAAAAGAGGAGGUUGGAAGACGUGAGCUAAAUUGGUUUGCUGUGACCUCAUGGAAUUAUGGUACAAAAACAGGACAGGAUAAGAAUUAUGAAUUGUCUGCUGAGUUUUUAAUACUUGCAUCAAAUUUUUAUGCUCUAGUUAAAGGAUCUGAUGAUGAGAGCAAUGUCAUGGUUUGCAAAUCAUUAGUGCUUUCCGUGUCAUCAAUGAUAGCUUUAGAAUUUCAGAGGAAGGCUGCUAUGUCAGAAACCGAAGUCAAACAAGCUCUAACUUUACUAGAUAGAGCUGGGCAGAUGCUAAAGUUAAUUUCAGCUGGGAACUAUGUUAAUGAUAGCCAAUUGAAUACCAUUGCACCCGACCUUUUCUUCAUACACACGUUCUGCACUUAUGAUGUACAAGGAAGGCUAAAUGACUUAGGAUCACAACUCUUCACAGUGAAAAGUUUUGCGAGUUCAAAGGCUUGCAAGCCUCAGCACCUUCUUCAGAUAGGCUUACACGCUUCACAGGGACCACUGUCGAAUCACGAAGUAGCCACCUUUGCUCUAAAUGAGUGUCUCUCAUCUUUCCUUUCAUCACCUGUUCCAGAUUAUCCGAAUGUUGCUCUUGUUGUUCGCAAGCUUAUAGCCAUAGCUAGCAUUCACAAGGGUGAUAAAGAUGAUGAUCUUGUAUAUAGCAUGUACAAGCAAGCGUAUAGGAUAAUGGUUGGUUUGAAGGAAGGUGAAUAUCCAAUUGAAGAGGGAAAGUGGCUUGCCAUGACUGCAUGGAACCGAGCAGCAGUGCCAGUGAGGUUGGGUCAGAUUGAAAUGGGGAAGAAAUGGAUGAAUGUUGGCUUUGACAUUGCAAAACAUGUUCCAGGCAUGGAAGCUUACAAAGCAUGCAUGGAAGAUGUUCUUGGCAAAUUAGAGAAAAAGCAUUGA